UGAGAGUGCGAGACAGGAUGAGAGAGAGGAAGUGUUAAAGAAAAAGAGUUAAAGAAAGUGUUAAGAGUUUGGGUGCUGUAGAGAGAAGUGUGUGUGUGUGUGUGAGAGAGAGAGAGAGAGAGAGAGAGAGAGAGAGGCUGUUAGAGUGUGUAUUGGGCUGUUGGGGGGGGGUGAAAGAGUGAGUGAGAGAGGCUGUUGGAAAGAGAGUCAGUCUGAGUGAGUGCGAUAGAGAGGGGAGGGGGAAGUUUUACAGUGAGAGCUUGCAUAGGAAGAGAGGAGGGGAAAAGGAAGGACAAAAACGACUGGGGAGAAGAAAAGAGGGAGCAUAGUGGCCUGUUUGUUUUCUCUUUAUGUCGCUUUGAAUAGCGGUUACAAGAGGACUUUCUACCAUAGAGCACUUUGAUUUGAAUAUUUCACGGAGCGGUUCUGCGAGCGCUUUGCAUGCUGUUUCAGUUUGAGCAGAGACAGACAGACGGAGCUCAGAGCUGAGCUUUACAGAGAGCAGCACACACUACUCACUCACACGGACACGUGUUGAGCGCUUUGUGCCUACUUCACUCUAUUCUACCAGCAGCGGCGGUGAUACCCAACUAAACGGCCUCCGUAAGUUACUUAUACAGUGUUUCUGAAUCCAGGGUGCCGCUAGAUGCAGAGCUGUUUGGUCAGACGGAGACAUUAGACACUAGCUAACAGAUCUUCAGGUGGUGUUUUUAAAUCACGUAGCACUGAGGAGCUCAUCAAACACGGCGAGGAAAACCCAGCAGACGAGUUCAAACCUUUUCUCUGUGGACUAUGGCGGCGGUAACUAGUCCAGAAUCGAGCACCCAGCCUCGGGUUUACUUCCAAACACCUCCCGGUACCGAAGAAACCGAGACGCCGGUUAGAAAACAAGGACGAGUGACGGUUAAAUACGACCGAAAGGAGCUGAGAAAGAGACUCAAUCUGGAGGAGUGGAUCAUAGACCAGCUAACGGAGCUGUACGACUGCGAGGAGGAGGCCAUUCCUGAGCUGGAGAUUGAUGUUGAUGAGUUAUUGGACAUGCAGAAUGAUGUAGAUCGUGCUGCACGUGUUAAGGAACUGCUGGUAGAUUGUUACAAACCUACUGAAGACUUUGUGUCUGAGUUGCUGGAUAAAAUUCGCGGGAUGCAGAAGCUCAGCACUCCUCAGAAGAAAUAAAGCUCCUCCAGCGCAGCCCCUCCUAAGACAUCUCCCCAACUCCUCCUACACCUCCUCUCCCACUGUGGCCAUCCACCUGCCAACAGGUGCUCAACCAACCAUAGGCCUGCAUCUCCAUCUCACGGGGAGGAGGAAGAGAAGGAAGUGGGGUCAUGGGAGGCUCUAGCCAAUCAGAUUCUUAUAAGCAGGGCUUAUUUUUUUCUUUAUUUUGUUAAUUGUAUGGUAUUUUAUUUUUAUUUUUUUGUAAAAGGGGGAAAGACUUUGUAGUGUUUUUAAGCAUUUGUAGAAAUGCAUUGUUUCUACACGUAUAACUAUUUCAGGUGUUAGGAAAUUGUGUUGAAUUUUGAUUUUUUUUUUCUCUGAUGCAAUACUGCGUAUGUGUCCCUAAUGGCCACACUCACCAUAAACUUGCUGUGUGUAGGUGACAGACUAUGCUAUGACCAUUACUGCGCUAUAGUAAGUUUGGAAGAGAUGAGAAAGAAGCGGCCUUGUCCUUUUUUUAAACGUGUUCCUCCUAUUUCUUUGAUCUUGUAUGUGUCACACUGUGUGCAAGGGCUUUGCUAGAGAAUGUUGAUGUAGACUUUUUAUUUGUAAUGGAAACAAUGCAGAGAUGGGAGAGGAGAGGGGGUCUGUGGUGAAGUGGUGCUGGAAAAUUGAUUUUUUUUUUUAACUGAACUUCCCUUUAGACAUAUACACAUAUAAUAUAAACACACAUUUUCACACACACAUGGGCAUCCCAACCCUCAGGGAUCAGUGAAUAUACACAUCAUCUACCACAGCUGUGGUUAUCAGUCCACACACAUGCAAAGCGGCUCAUAUUCAAAUACAUAUAUUUUUAAAAUGUGUGUCAAUUUAGAAAUAUUAAACAUUGGCAAUAUUGAUUGUUAUUAUAAAUGUACAUCUGAUUCAAAAUAUGCACAUAUAUGAAAAUAUUGGCAUAUAUUUUAAUAGAAUAUGGCAUAUGUUUCAAUAAACCAGGCAAAUUUAAAUAAAUUUAACCCAUAGUGACAUAUUUUGCACAUACAUGUUUAAUAUGGGAAAAUGUAUGUACAUAUAUUUUUGUUCCAUAUGUGGCGAGAGAGUUAGUCAAGUGUAAGUCAGUAAGGUGGAGAUUUAUGGAGAAGAGGUCUAAAACACUGCCAGUUCAUCCUCACACAAUUAAUCCUUUCAAGUAAUUCUGCGAAUCAUCUUCACCACAAAGCCAUCUGUGCCCUCCCUCACAGCCAAUCAAAUACAACAGAGGGCUAAUGGGGCUAAUUUGCAUAUUCUGUGCUUUUGCAUUCACAUAAUUUACACAUUUAUUACAUUCACGUUUUACAAUCUGUCUGUGUGUGUGUAAGUUGACUGAAGAUGCUUCACCCAUUACCCUUUAACAUAAAUAAAGUCUCAUACACAAAUGAGCACCAAAUCUAGAAGGCAGGGCUGGGCAAUAUGGCAGAAAUUACUUGGAGACAUUUUCAUGAUGCCUUCAUACGCAUCACAAUAUUUUGUUUAUCUAGGGCUUGAAAAGUUGGAAGAGGCAUAAUGCACCAGCAGUACCACACUCAAAACGGCACCAUGGAUGUUUUGUUCAAAUUGAAAGCAAUAGCAUUACUGAGGCUAAAAUAUGGUUCCCAUGUGCUGCUGCGAGUCCCUCUGCAAAGCGUGAAAUCAUGUCAUAAAUCUCUGCGUAUUAACAUCGACCCAUACAGCCUCAAAAGGAGGGUCCGGCUCAAUGUUUAGGCCUCAGGUGCAAAAUCAACAUUAUGCUGAUGAAGAUCUGAUGACAUAGUAGAUAAUCAAAACCUACAUUGUUGGAGACAUGUCCUUCACCAAGUUUUGCCUGAGCUACUCAGUCAAUUACUCCUUAAACAAGCUUACAAGCAUCAGAUUCAUCCCCUAGCGGAAGGGGUCCGAAGCACAACUGAUGUUGCAAAAUGCUCUUCCGCAUGUUGUGUGCAAUUACACAUUUCCACCAGAGAGGUCUCAAAAUCCCCAAACCUUACAGCUUUAAAGCUGCUAUUAAAACAGCAAAAAUAAGUUUCACAUAUUGUCAAGUUUCAAAUCACCCGACAGUCGAGCUGAACCUUGGACAGCUGUGCAACGUGGAACAUGCAGUUGUUCAGUUUUACUGCUGAUAUCCACAAUAUACACAGAAAAAAUUAUUGUGGUAUAAUUUAUCAUGACAACAAAAUCAUAUUGGCUGUCCCUGCUGACAAGGUCCAACAUGCUCUCUAGUAGUGAAGACAGCUGAUUGUAGUGAUUGCAGGCUGAUCUGGAGUCAGACUCUGGAGUCAGAUACAGUGUAAGAAGAACAAGAGAGAUGGUCACUUCAACCACACAGCUCUAUCUCUCCUUCCCUCCCUCUCAUUGUUAAUCCCACUUGCUCUAUCUCUUCUUUAGGGCACCAACAGUGUCCCUCCUCCUAUAGUUUCUCUCUCUUUACAGCACUAAUCUUUUCCAGAAAGAAUCACUCCCUUUUUCCCCUUUUUAUAUCAGAUGUUGCCUUAGGUCAUAUAUGUGUUACAGAAACCAAAAAAAUUGAGGCAUUCAUUUUGAAGAGCAUAUAAACAUGUAAAAAAUGGAAACCUUUGGGCUUCAGGAUUCAAAACAUCCUUGUUGUACUUUCUUACUCUCUUUUCAAUUAUUCUGUUUUAUAGAAAAUAAAGUUGACUAGAUUUAACAGACCAAUUGUCUAGAUGCAGAUAUUAAGGUGAUUUUUUAUUACUGUGUGUACUGUAUCUGACAAUGCUGUUGAUUUCUCUUCUUUCUUACACAGAAGAUCAUAAAAAAAUAUAACAUUAACUGAAUUUAAUAAGAAGACACAGGAUGUAUUAGAAAACGUAGGCACCUGAUAUUAGUCUGUGGUUGAAUGUCAUCUUUGGAAAAGGAAAAAGAAUUAGAAGAAGAUGUAGCAAUACUAAAUGUCCUGUUCUCCCAGUUUUGUUACACUUUUAUGCAACUUUAAUAAAAACAUCUUAAAUACCA